AUGGACGCAACACCUUCCGCCAAGCGCAGUAGAGUCGAAUCCGAGCCGCCAUUCGCCGUCCGCCUCGCGAGAUCGACCGGCGCGAGCAGAGACCGAAGCAGCCGGUCAGCCGCUGUCCGCCGCGAAGACUGCUCGCCCGGCGCGACUAGAGACCGGAGCCGCCAUCCGCCACGAAGACCGGCCGCUGCUCCCCGUCCUCCGUCCGCCGCGAAGAUCGGCCGCUGCUCGCCGUCCGCGAGACCGGCCGCCGUACGCCGCGAGCCGGUCCCGGUCCACCGAGAAGCCGCCGUACGCCGCGAAGACAGGCCGCCGCGAGACCGGCGUCCGUCCGUGCAGGACCGGCCACCGUACACCGCGAGACCGGCCGCUGCACGCCGGUCGCCGUCCACUGCGCGGACGCGCGAGACCGGCCGUCGCGCGCCGUCCUCGAGCUCCGUCCGCGCGCCGUCCUCGACAGCUCCGUCCUCGAGCGCCGUCCGCGUUCGUUCCUGUCUGCGCGAGCCCUGUCCUGAACAUCAAGCUCCGUCUUGCGCAUUGAAGGGUUAUACUGCUAGGAGCAAGAACGCUGCAAUAGUUGGUACGGUUGUGGCGCUUCCACCGCCCACAGGAAGCCUUGGGCCAAAGGUUUUCAUCCCUCUAUGAUUGCUCUAAGUGUCUAUGAUCUACAAGAGUUGUUAAUGAGCAAUCGAGACAUCUCAGAAGUGUUUCGUAUUAGGUGUUCGUUUUCAAGCGUCUCGAGAGUACAAUAUUCUAAUUAAAUGCUAUAUUACGAAGCAUCACAUGGACCUGAGAUUUUGCGUAAGUACAAUUUUGUAUGGAGUCCAACUUCAACACAAGAUAAGGCCUUGUUUAGUUCGCAAAAUUUUUGGUUUUUAGGUACUGUAGCAUUUCGUUUUUAUUUGACAAACAUUGUCCAAUCACGGAGUAACUAGGCUC